CCCUUUUGUCUUCUUUCAAACAGUGAGUUCUUAUUUUGCCUCUCUUUCAAAUUCAAAAAAGUUUUAGUCAGUGACACUGAAAGUAGCUUAGCUAUCUUCGUCAUGGGAUGUGUAUCUUCCAAUCUGCUAAACAAUGAAGACGAGUUAACUCAACUAGGCAGCUCAGCACUUAGUCACCACAUUGUGUCGCUCACAUCCACCACCUAUGGCCUCCUCAAUCUCGAUCCACCAACACCUCAGUCCUCUGCCACUGCCACUACUCCACCUCCACCCGCUCGUUUCACUCUUGGUUCAAUCUUUCCUAGUCCACUCUGCGAACCCAAGUCACUUUGGUCUGAGCCAAGAUCUCUCCCUGAAACCAUCAAUUCUUGGGAGCUCAUGUCUGGUCUUGACACUGAUAGCUUCCGUUUUUCUCCCAUUAUUAAGAAAGACCUUGCUUAUUUACCUAAUAAAGAAAACUCCAACCCAAAUUUCCUGAAACCCUUUAAAGAUAGUUCCUUUGCCAACACUCCUCCUCCUCCUCCUCCUCCCUUAAAAGAGAAUGCACACUCACUCGAAAGAUUUGAGAAACUGUGCCCCCCAAAUGGAGAUGACAAAGUUGUGAUUUAUACUACAUCUUUGAGAGGGAUAAGAGAGACUUUUGAUGCUUGCAGUGUUGUUCGCGCAGCCAUUGGAGGAUUUGGGGUUUUAAUUUGUGAGAGAGAUGUGUCGAUGGAUCGCGGGUUCAGAGAGGAGUUAAGGGAGUUAAUGAGAGGGAAAGAGCCAAAGGCAACAUUGCCGCCAAGGGUGUUCAUCAAGGGAAGGUAUAUAGGUAGUGUAGAGGAGGUGAUGAGGAUAGCAGAGGAGGGUUUGAUGGGAGAGCUGCUACAGGGGUUGCCAAAGAAGAGAGCAGGAGACAUGUGUGAUGGGUGCGGAGAUGUCAGAUUCUUGCCUUGUUUUUCUUGCAAUGGAAGCUCAAAAUUGGUGAUGCUUGUUAAGGACGAGGAGGAAGAGAAAGAGCCCGGGCUAAAGCAAAGGAGGACAGUAGUGGUCAGAUGUCCUGAUUGCAAUGAGAAUGGGUUGGUGCUUUGUCCCAUUUGUGCUUGAACUUGCAAACUAGAGUUGGGGCUAUAAAUUGCAAAAAACAGUUCCUUUGUGUCAUCAUAAAGUAAGUUAUCUCAACUUACUCUGUUUCUGUUCUGAAUUUUGAUCAAUCUAUUACAAUGCGGUCAAUUAAUUUUGGCUCCAUUUUGUAGUACAUGUCUUUUGCAAACACCCCAAGAAUAAAUAAAUUUAGGGUGGAAUGUCAGAGGAUAAUUAGAUUUCCGUUAGGAAGUCGAAUUCCUAGGGAGCAAAUUCAUUGACAAUGAGUUCACUUCUCUGUGUGGAUGAUGCAUAAACUUGUAAAAAUAAGUGAAUUUUUAUUUAGUCAAUCCAAAGCGAUGCUUAUCCUGGCAUUAGGGCUAAAAUGAGGCUGAUUCUACUGCAGAUAAUAUUUUGAGCACUAAGAGCAAAGCACCCUGGUUUUGAAAGUCCGUUCUUGUUCUUUUAAGAAACUUGCGUAGUAUAUUUGGUUGGACAUGUCUAGUAGUAAUACAAGAAAGUAAUUAUGCCUAACUAAAACUUAAAUAACAUCUGUGUUAGUUUCUAAGAUUUUCUUGAGGCGUGAUGUUUGCUGUUCCCUACCAUCAUCACGAUGCCCAUGUGCAAGCUAUUUCUGUUUCUGUAUAUGUUCCUUUAAAAGGUAACUUUCAGCCCAAAUAAGUGUUCUGCAUAUUGUUGUUGAUGCGAUGGUCCCUUGUAUUGCUUGUAUACGUCCAUUACAAAAAUAAAGAUGCCUCAAGAAAGGAUAUGCAGUACGAGAAAACAGACAACAAGAAACUGUAUGUAUGUUGCUGUAACAUUUGUUGGUAGCCUUUAGUUUGUUUUUGGAAGUUUUGUCCAGCAAGUUGAUUUAGCAUCAUUUUCUUCCAGAAUUUUAAUUACAAGGCAGGAGUAAGAGUUUCAUUUGUCAUUUUCUUUUAACACCCGAAUCUGGGACAUGAAGUCUCAGUGAUAACAACGAGCUUAAAGCCUUAGCCAACACAACCAGUAUUCUUGAUCCUCUAAUCAUUAAACAUCCUUCCUAGGAUGAUUUACCAUUGAA